AUGAAUGAUGUGGUCAAAAGUGGCAGCGGGACUAGACACUGGUUGAUCUUCAAGGAAUUCGUUCGUAUUCACAGGAAAGAGCUCGUCAAAACCUAUUUGUUCGUUCCUAUUGGCGUUUUACUGACGCUCUGUAUCCUCUAUGGAGUCGACAGACUAAUCAAAAAUGUCAUUAAAAUUGUAUUUCCAGCAAGUGUUGCAGUCAUGUUGGUUAACCUUAUGAUUAUGUGUCUACUGUCGUGGUGGCGCAGAAGCUAUGCGGAAUGGUAUGUCAAAAUUAUCGAUGUUCCCCUUAGUUGGAGUCUGCGGUGGAUGAAUCUCUUCUUCACGCCAGCAUUCGUAACUCUGAUUCUCAGUCAAUGGAUUUCAUUGCGCGAGGCCAUGCUGAUUGUUGCUGUGUUCGUGCUGGGAUAUCUUGCGACUUUCAUUUUUCUAGGUUACUUCACGGUUCUAUGCCAAAAAGUGUUUGGUGGGCGAAAAUUCCUGAGCAUUUUCGUGCGUCAGGAAGAGCUAGAAAAUGGAAUGGAGAUGGGAUCUAGUUUUGCACCCAAGCGCAGAACAUCCUGCAUAUAUCAAAGGCGAGGUUCAGCGGAUUCAAACAUUUCGACCGAGUCCUCGGAAACAGAUUCUGAUAGACAAUCAAGUGUUAGAUCUCGAGCGGACCAGGGUUUCACGGCUCUUUCAGAUAUUGCAAGCAACGAAGGUAUAGUCCAAUGUCACGAACAAGCGAAAAUGAAAGAAGAGGCAGAUGCUAUGGAGGGCUUGCCCGAACAACACAUAGGUUCAGACUUCGAGAUGAUCGAAUCUCCGCUCUUGCGCCCCAGCAAACUGCGUGUUCCACAGCGCUCGUUGUUCGGCGGCAAACCAUCAACUACCGUUACAAGCGACGAGCAAGCCAGCCCCGUCAUAUGCCAACGCGCGAUUACAAGACAGGUCUCAAGCCACAUCGAUCACCUAUUUAGUAUAAACAUGUGGUACAAUCAUUUGCAUCAUGUCUUGUAUGGAUUAGGGUUCGUGGCGUCCAUUUUCAGCUACUAUUUUUCUUGGUACGUCAUGCCGUUUCAGCUUUUCACUGCAAUUAUAACAUUCAUGUUCAUUGUGAGUGCGCCGUUGGUACCAAAUCCCAAAUACAAAAAGUUUCUUCAUCCCGUCAUAUGCUCGGUUGCGUUAACUUGGCUGGUUUUACUGAUAUCUGUCAUGAUAAAACACCAGAAAAUAUCGUAUUUUCCAUCCGAACUUAGGGACUACAAGACCGGGAGAACCUAUCUAAAAUUGUUUGACAGUAGUUCUUAUGGAGGCCACGAGUGGCCUGGUGCCGGUGAUGUGUUUACGAGUUGCAUGGACGUUGCCAUUGUCGGCCUCUCCAUGCCGAUGUACACUUACAGACACGACCUACGAAAACAUUGCCUCAGCAUGCUGCCACCAAUAUUUCUGCUAUGCGCUGCGUCUCUUAUACUGUAUCCCCUCAUUUGUUACCACAUCGGCAUCUCCAAGGAAAUGGCCAUAGGAUUCACCGGUCGAAGCAUCACUCUGGCGCUGGGAACGCCCACCAUAGAAAACCUGAAUGGCUCCGUGACCAUCAUGGCCGUCACUACAGUCGUGAGUGGCAUUGUCGGCGUUCUUACAGGAGGUUCGUUACUUGACUUGAUGAGAAUUCCAGAAAGUGAUUACGUUACGAGAGGCCUCACGCUAGGCUGCAACUGCGGUGCCAUAGCUACAGCCUAUCUUUUGGGAGUCGAUCGCAGAGCUGCGGCAAUUAGCACUUUGUCCUUUGUUCUAUUCGGAGCUUUUAUGGUUAUUCUCUCUGCAGUCGACAAGAUCAAGAUAUUUGUGCAAAGUUUGGUACAACUAUAG